AUGCGAAGUCGUUUGCAGGUUCGUUUGUUUGUGCGCAGGCGACAAGUGGCGGUCGCGGCGCAAGGCACUGACGUCCACUUUCCACUUCCGCAUCCUGGAGCAGUUCGCGCCCGUCUUCCUCAGCUGCGGGGACGAGUUCGUGCGGCAGCUGCGGAAGCGCGCGGGCGGCGACAUCUUCGACGUGGUGCCGCUCGUCAAGCUCCUCACACUCGACGUCAUCUGCGAAACCGCAAUGGGAAUCAAGAUGAACGCACAGAUUGGUUCAAACAAAGCCUACGUAGACGCUGUAAACGAGAUUACAACAAUUACAGCAAGGCGUGCCCUGCAACCUUGGCUGCAUCUAGACUUCAUAUUUUAUAUGACAACAGCUGGUCGCAGAUACAAGAAGUGUUUGGAAGUGCUGCAUGGAACCACCGACCGAGUAAGGGACAAGUUGUUCGAAUGUUUCUUGGUCACGAUACAACAGAAGCAGCUAUUUCAUUUGCCUUGAGUCAUUUAGCCAGCCAUCCAGAUGUACAAGAAAAAAUAUUGGAAGAGCUGAAAAGUGUGUUCGACUGGUCGCAACCUCUACAGCCGACAACUCAGCAGCUUUCAGAACUGAAGUACUUGGAAAUGGUGAUUAAGGAGGUUCUUCGAUUGAAUCUGCCCGUGCCCGUGAUACUCCGUGACAUUACGGAAGAUGAAAAACUUCCGUCGAGUAAAUAA